GCAGGAUGUGCUGGAAGCCGCAAAAGAGGAGGAGGCUUUUGAGGAGCCAGAGAAGCCUUCCGUGGCAUCUGCCCGGGGAGUGCUGUGGGUGGCCAACGUGUACCCCACCAAGGCUUUCCGCCUGGACUUCCGGCAGAUGCUGACGCACCACAACCACGAGACGCUGAUCCCCAAGCUGCUGCCCGCGGGGGUGAAGGUGGAGAAGAUGGUGCCGCGGGAGCGGGAGGGGGGCGCCUUCGUGUACUUCAGCGCCCCCAAGGACUUUGUGCGCGAGGUGCUGCGGACCGACAUCGAGGCCAGCAAGAAGCGGUUCGCUUCGAAGGGGGAAAUCCUGCGGAAGGUGUCGGAGGGCAUCUCCAACUACCUCAAGACGCACAACUUCAACGCCUUUCUUUGCCCCAGCCCUGUGCGGGCGCACCGCGUAAAGGGCACACCCUACUUGGAGGACCUCACCAGCAGGUACCCCUCCUCUCAGAUCCAGGUUCGCUUUGAGCCCGCACCGGAGAAGAAGGUGCCGGAGGAGCAGCUGUACGAGGCGCUCCGGCGCUACGGCCAGCUGGAGGAUCUGCACGCCACGGGGGACAACUGCUUCAACGUCUCCUUCCGGCACACUGCCGGGGCCGUGGCGGCCCGCAACUGCCUCCACCGGGCGCCCAUGGAGGCAGAUGGGCCAUUCUACCACAUCGAGUACAAGCAGUUCAUGCAGAAGUGGAUCUGGGAGACGAUCAACGCCAACGCGCGCCUGGUCUUUCCGCUCUUCGCGGUCUUCAUGUUUGGGACCACCUACUUCAUUUGGGACCCCAUGCGCACGGCCUUCGUGGGCAUGAAGAUGGCGUCCACCUUCUCCACCCCGCCCCGGGACGAGGAGGAGCCAGGCUACCAGGGCGUCACCGGCUUUCUGCUGCUGAAGUCCAACCUCCUGCUGCACUCCGCCCGCCGGAGUCUGGAGAGGGCGUCCCUGCGAAAGCCCGCGAAGGAAGACCUCUUCGACGACUUCUGGGAGGAGCGGAAGGCGGAGAUCGCCGAGCUCACGGACUGGCUGGACCAGCCCCCGGAGCGCGUGAUGCUGCUCACCGGGCACCGCGGCAACGGGCUCAACGAGAUGGCGAGGAAGCUGGUAGGCCGCCGCGCCCUGGAGAUCAACGUGCGAGACAUGCUCGAGGCGGGCGGGGCGGCGGAUGACCAUCUCUUCCUGCGAUCCUUCAGCCGGGCCUUCGGCUACUGGCCAGCGCAAGGCAUGGACCGGCAGCUGUCGGCGGUCUUGGACCUCAUGCUGCCCGGGUCCAGCAAGCAGCUGAGCCGGGAGAACGAGCUGCUGGUGGCCGUGCAACGGGUGCUCUUUUCCGCAACGCAGGCGCUGCGAACCUGGCUGCGCCGCGGGGAGUCCCUGCACUUCGACGCCACGCCGCUGGUGCUGGUCACCGGUUUUACCGCCGAGAACAAGGACCGGCGCUCGGGCUUCUUCGAGGCCUUGGUGAGCUGGGCUGCCUAUGUCUCGGAGGCCAAGCUGGCGCGGGUGGUCUUCGUGGCGGACAGCUCCUUCGGGGAGCCCUCGAUCUUGGCGCAUCUCAAGGACCGCCCCGAGCGCCUCUCUACGUUUCAGCUCCAGGACAUCAAGGAGGCCUCCGUUCGCCGCAUCCUGCAGAAGCACUCGCAGGACCUGAACAUCUCCCCGGAGAACCUCAAGACGAUUGGUGGCCGGUACCGAGACAUCGCCGCCAUGCUGGGGCACAUGCGCCACGGCGUGGCGGCGCCGGAGGCAGUGCGAUGGCUCCUGGAGACCGCGGAGGUCACGGUUAGGCGGCUGCUCCUCACUGGGCAGCCAGGGGCGCGCUGGACGCGUCCCCAGCUGUGGCGGGCCGCACGCCUCCUAGCGGAGAGCCCAGGGGCGCCGGUGCCCUACGACGUGAUCCUGUGGAACGUCUUCCGCGGGGACGAGUCCGCGCUGCGGUCCAUGAAGGAGUCCAACCUCAUCGCGGUGACCCCGCGCAAGACGGAAGGAAAGCCGCUGCCUCUGCGCUACGACGUGGAGCCGGGGUCGCCCCUCUACGGGGAGGUCUUCCGUCGCUUGGUGCAGAACGAGGGCCUGGCCGCGGUGCUGGACCUCGAAGUCGCAAAAGAGGACGUGGCUCGGGAGCAGAAGACCAUCGACGCUUAUGAGGCGGAGCUGGUGCGCCUGGAGGAGAUCUUGGACGCGCGGAGGGACUGGUGGUGGAGCUCCAGGUAUGCGGAUGCUCAGCUGGAGCAGAGAGUGGCGCAACUCGUGGAUCUCAUCAUGGAGCAGCACAAGAAGCUGGAGAAGUACCACAAGGCCCGCAGGAAGGCGAUGAAGAUUUUGGGAAGGAGCGCGGAUCGGUUCCGAGAGGAUGUGAAGCGCGUGCGCCAAGAGGUGGAAGCCGCGUGAGGAAGGGCUUAGCAGCUUAGCACUGUGGACCCCCUUUUGGUAUGUUGAGGGAAACGAGGG